GCUGGAAACAGAUAUUCCUGUCACAAACAAUUCGCUGAUUUAUGGAGGAAAGAUUCUCCGAACAGCGGGGAGUCGGGAUGGCUCUCAUUUAUAAUGUGCCGAACUACUGAACAGGAAAACUCCUGGUAAACUUUGGACAUGUGUAAAUGCAGAAGCCAGCUCUGAUGAGCGCAGCAGGCAGACCCAGCUCCCUCCGGAGGACCCUCCUCGGUCCUUCAGAAGCUUCCGCCACGGUCCGAGCCCAGUCGGGCCGCCUGGCCGCGGUUCCGGGUCAGCAACUGCUGGAUCGGCACAAUCGGAGACUGGCGGAUGUUUUCAUCACGAGUUGAGCUGCAGCUGAGCUUCCCUCCGUGGACAGCGGGGGGAAACGUCUCGUUCCUGCAGACACGUCAGGUAGGAAAGCUGGAGACGAGCCGAGGCCGAGAUUUCCCGUUUUUUCCUGCCUGCUGCUGCUUUUCUCUCGCUACAUUCUAACAGAGGAGCUGUUAAAACCCGAACGCCGUUGUUGUGCGAAAUUCAGUUCCCCCGUAAAAAUCUGUUUCCCCUGUGUCGGGAGCGCCCAUUGCAGCCGUUUUCUCAGCGCUUCUAUUUGAUUUCUCGGUAAAACAACUCGUAUAAUCAUGUCAAUGUUGUAACAUUCAGUGUAAUCGGCAGCUGUUGUUUAUUUUUUCUUUUUAAUAAAAUUAAAUAAACGCGGUCUUUCGGCAGCUGAAAUAUCCAUUCUCUCCUCUCCUCCCCCCAUAACUUUGAGAAAUAAAGAGCAACUAUUUCCAAAUUCUCAAAAAUUGUUGUAUGAUAGCAUGUAGCAGACACCCUAUAUACUUUUAAGACUAAACUUAAAACUUUCCUUUUUGACAAAGCUUAUAGUUAGAGAGCCAUAUGUUACCUCUAUAGUUAUGCUGCUUUAGGCUUAGGCUGCUGGAGGACAUCAGGGCCUAUUUUUCUCACUCUGAGUUCUCCUACUGUUAUUCAAUAUGCAUUGCUGUGAUUUUGCUUCAUAUUCUCACUGUCUUUUUUCUCUUCAUAGUUGGUACACCUGGUGUGGCGUUCUGUUAGCUGGUACACCAUCCACGGGGGCAGACCAUCUGCCAUUACCAUAUAACAUAGAAAGGAUUCCUGGAUCAAUGUGUGCUUCUGUACUUUUGUGCCUCUGCUCUGUCUUCUCUAACCCCCAGCGGGUCGAGGCCGAUGACUGUUCUCAUUGAGCCUGGAUCUGGUUCCACUAGAGGCAAAACCAUCGGCAAUGCAGACUGUCCACUGUGGUUCUACGCUCUUUCAUGAGGAGUGAAUGUUGCUUGUCAAGACUUGAUGCAAUCUGCUGGGUUUCCUUAGCUACACCUAACUGGGACAUUUUUGAAUACAUUUCUUAUUCACACUCUGGGACCUUCUCUAUUGAUAUUCAUAUGUGAAUGCAGGCCUGAAAAAGUGAAAAUUUUGUAAUAUUAGGGGUAUAUUCUAAUCCUGCAGAAGGAGAGGAUCAUCCUCCUUCUGCAGGACAGAAGGAGGGGAUCGCCCAGGACAGGGUUAAUAACAGAACUGCCACUGGUUCUUCAUGAUUAGUCAUGCGUAUUCUGGAGCUGUAAAAGCACCUUCUGCUUCCUUCUAACACCAGAUUGAAAUAGUGAAGUUGCUUCAUCACAUGUUGCAAUCUGAAGAAAUGGAGAACUGAACUCUGAUUGUCUAACAUGACAUUUUUUCCACAACUUGAAAAGGACCCGAGGAGAUCACCAGCUUUUCUGUUAUUGACUUCUUACUCUGUAGAUUUUCCAAUGUCCAAAGUUAUUUUCUUAGCCUGCAUUGCCUUCCACAGAUAAACUCUUUGUAAGUAACACAUUUUGACAUUAUUUGAAGAGGUUUUUUUUUAAAUAAUAUUAAUAAUAUUUGUGAUUUUUCUUCCCCCAGAGAGGAGCUAAGGUCUUCUUGUGUGGAGCCUGCAGCCAUGGCUCAGUACCUGAGGCAUUUCACCGCUGUGGGCGACCUGCAGCCGGGUCAGUGGGUGGAUGAAGAGCUGCAUGUGGACAGCGAGGAGCUGAGUCCAGCUACAGGCCAGUACCCAACAACGCUCACCUUCAGGGAUUCACUGAGGAGGCUCUACACCUCUGACCGCUUCCAGAUCGCAGUGGUGUGUUUGGUUAUCCUGGAUGCCUUCUUUGUCAUGGCGGAGCUGCUAAUAGAUCUGUCUGUCAUUAAGCUGGAGCAUGGUCACCUUGCUCCUCAGGUGUUCCACUACCUCAGCCUGGCCCUUCUCACCUUCUUCAUGGUGGAGCUGUCUGGAAAGCUGUUUGUCUUCCGCUUUGAGUUCUUCUAUCACAAGUUUGAGGUUUUUGAUGCUGUGGUGGUGGUCAUUUCAUUUGUGCUGGAUAUUGUCUUCAUCUUCCACGAGGAUGCCUUUGAUGGGGUGGGUCUCCUCAUCCUGCUGCGACUUUGGAGGAUAGCCAGAAUUAUCAAUGGGAUCUUGGUGUCGGUGAAAACUCGUGCACACCAGAAGAUCCACAAGCUGAAGGAGAGCUAUGACCACCUCGUCCAAAGAGCCACAGAGCUACAGAAGCGCAACGAUGAGCUGGAACAAGAGAACCAGAAGCUGCAGGCUCUCCUGAAGAAACAUGGACUCUGAUUCUAACACUAUGGUCUGUGAUAAUCUUCUUAACAUACCUGAUCUCAGUAUUCCAUGUGAUUAUCAGCAUCAUGUAUUAGCAGACUCCCAGCAGGAAGUUCCUGUUAAAUGUCUAUCGAUUAAAAAAAUAAAAAUAAAUAAUCCAACAUGUUGGGUUUUAUGUAGAUAUUUAGCAAAUCUGACUGCUAACUUAAAUCUAUAUUUCAUCAAAUGUUUUUGGAAAAGCAGAUUAAAAUAAAGAUAUUUUGAUAAUGAAAAAAUAGAUAUUUUAUUUGUAAAAUGUUCAUAUAGAAACUCUUGUAUACAGUAUUUACACAAUAAAAAAAGAAAAGAAAAAA